AUGGCGGUGGCGGUGCUGCGGUGCCUGGAAGCGGAGGACCUUCCGGCGGGGACGGGGCGGCUGGUGGCCCCGGCUGGGCCGCAGUGGGCGGCGCCGGGCGGCACGCUGGUGCUGGCCUUGCGGCCGGCGGGGUGCGCGGCGCAGCCGGCGUUGCUGUGCGCGGCGCUGCAGGAGGCCGAGGCCGGCUCGGCGCGGGGGCCGGAGCUGUGGCUGAGCCGGGCCUGCGUGCGGCAGCUGGGCUUGGCGGCGGGGCGGCGGCUGCGAGUGUGGCCCGUGCGGAGGCCGCCCGUGCUGGGCUGGGUGCUGCUGGCGGCGGGGGCGGCGCGGACUCCUCCUCCUCCUGCUCCGCGGGCGGGCUCCGGCCCUGCCGUGGUGGUGCGGCGCGGGGAAGGCCUGCCGGGUUCCGGGCUGCUGGUGCUGGAGGCCCGGCCGACUUUGCAGGGCUUGCUGGGCGCCGGCACCCGCUUGGCCGUGACCGAGCUGCGGGGCGGCGGCGGGGAGGAGAGGAAGGCGCCUCCGCCGCCCCCUCCGCCGCUGGUGUCCGACUGGGCGCGUCCCGGCGAGCGGUGGGUCCGGGCGAAGCGGAGGCCGCGGGACGGCGACGGCGCGCAGGCCGAGGCGCUGUGGGUGAGCCGCGCCGCCUUGCACAGCCUGGGCCUCUUCCAAGGAGAAUGGGUGUCGCUGAGCAGGGAGGUGGGAGAGGAGCCAGGCGGCUCCCCGGGGAACGGGCCUCACCUGGCCGCCCUGCGGACCUGGGAGCCCCGGUGGGGCUUCGCGUUUCGGGGGCCCGCCGCCGCCGCCGCCUCCGAGGAGGCCUUUUUGCCCGGGAAAGCGCUCGUCCCCGCUGCCUUGGCCUUCAACCUGUCCUGCGACCCCUUGGAAGGCAGCCUCCUGAAGAUCCAGAGAUACAGGGAGACUGCAGGUGCAGAAGAGGUGAAAGGAAGCCGGUCCUUGCUCUCUGUACCACCCUUUGCCAAGGAGCUACACAUAGAGAUUGUUUCCUCGCCAGCCUACAGCACCACAGGAGUCUAUGACCAAAUUCUCUACCAGCACUUUCAAACGCCCAGGUUAGUCCAAGUGGAAGAUAUUCUCUGUGUGUCAACUGCAGGACACCCUGAAUUCUUAGAAGGAAAUUCAGAGAAAUUUUUAAGAUGGCCAGAGCUCUACUUCAAGGUGAAAAAGAUAGUCGCAGCAGAGGGAAGAGAACAGAGCACGGGGUACCUGGCUGACACUCAGAACACUUCUUUAUUUCUGGGCACUUCAACAAACAGUCCUAUCCCUUCUUUUCCAUCUCAAAACACUGACAGUUUUUGGAGCAGUUUAUCUCCUGCUGGACUCUGUGAUGUAGUGAAGCAAUUGUGUGAUAUUUUUGGACCAUACUUGUACAGUAGAGAGUCUCUGCUAAGUGGAACUGGAAGUAUUCUUCUUUCAGGACCCAGUGGUGUUGGGAAAAUGACAGUUGUUAGAGCUUCCUGUAGCCGCCUCAAUCUUCAUUUGUUCAAGGUGGACUGUGUCAGUUUGUGUGGGGACACGAGCGGAUCGACAGAAGCAAAGCUACAGGCUGCCUUCUCACAAGCUCAGCUCUACAGCCCUUGUAUCCUCCUGAUGAAAGAUGUAGAGCUGCUGGGGAGAGAACGCAACGGACUCGGGGAGGACUCCAGAGUUAUCCUUGCCAUAAGGCACCUUCUCCUGGACAGAGAAGCAGACACCAGCAGUUACCCUGUCCUGGUGGUAGGCACGACAUCCAGGCUUGGGCACGUCCCUGCAGACUUGCAGACAGCUUUCCUUCACGAGGUGAAGAUGGAAGCUCCAUCUGAAGAGCAGAGGAAGGCCAUGCUGAGCAUGCUGACAGAGGGCCUCCCUCUGGGCAGAGAAGUGAGCCUGAGCAAGCUAGCCCGGCAAAGUGCGGGUUUUGUUCUAGGAGAUUUCUGUGCUUUGCUUUCCCACAGCAGUCGUGCUGCCUGCACCAGGAUCCAGAAUUCAAGUUUCCCAGGUGGGCUGAGCAAGGAGGAAGAACAUGAUUUCUGUGCUGCAGGUUUCCCUCUGCUAGCAGAAGACUUCAGCAUUGCGCUAGAUAAACUGCAUGAUGCUCAUUCACAGGCAGUGGGAGCACCAAAGAUACCAGCCGUCUUCUGGCAAGAUGUUGGUGGGCUCCAGGAUGUGAAGAAGGAGAUCCUGGACACUGUUCAACUUCCCCUAGAACACCCAGAGCUAUUAUCUUUAGGUCUCCGCCGCUCUGGUCUUCUUCUCUAUGGUCCUCCUGGAACAGGAAAGACGCUGCUAGCUAAAGCUGUAGCAACUGAGUGCACCAUGACAUUCCUUAGUGUGAAGGGACCAGAGCUCAUUAACAUGUAUGUUGGGCAGAGUGAAGAGAAUGUACGUGAAGUAUUUGUCAGAGCCCGGGCAGCUGCUCCUUGCAUUAUCUUUUUUGAUGAGCUUGAUUCCUUGGCACCCAAUCGUGGGCGGAGUGGAGAUUCAGGGGGCGUUAUGGAUAGAGUCGUGUCCCAACUACUAGCAGAGCUUGAUGGACUUCAUUCUUCCCAAGAUGUUUUUGUUAUUGGAGCUACAAAUAGACCUGAUCUUCUGGACCCGGCACUGGUCCGGCCAGGCAGAUUUGAUAAGCUGGUCUAUGUAGGGAUCAAUGAAGACCGAGACUCUCAGAUGCGGGUACUAAGUGCCAUCACCAGAAAAUUUAAGCUGGACCCUUCAGUGAGUCUCCUGAGUGUCCUUGACAAAUGUCCUGCACAGCUGACGGGGGCAGAUUUGUAUGCACUUUGCUCAGAUGCCAUGAUGUCUGCUAUCAAAAGGAAAGUGGAGUGGAUAGAGGAAGGACUUGAUUCGGAGAGCUCAGAGCUACUACUGACUAUGGAUGACUUUGUACAAGCUGCCACGAAGUUGCAGCCUUCCGUCUCUGAACCAGAACUGCUCAGAUACAAAUUGAUCAGGCAGAGAUUUACUGCUUGAUAAACAUCCAACGGGAAGGCA